AUGUUUGAAGAUAUUCAGGAUACCCUCGGCAAGCACGGCGACCAUGGCAUCAAGCCCAUGCCCACGGUCAUCCCGACGCCGACCGAGUUCCAGAGUGCUGGCCAGGCCGGCUUCAAGGCUCUCUGGGUCGUUUUUGUCAUCAUGCUCAUCGCGUCCAUUGUUUUCACCAUCCGCUCGUGGAACGUCCCCGUGGCGCGUCGUCUCUACCAUGUCAUCACGACCAUCAUCACCCUGACUGCGGCCCUCUCGUACUUUGCCAUGGCCAGCGGCCAGGCCACCAGCUACCACUGCAUCUCCGUCAAGGACUCCCACAAGCACGUCCCCGACACCCACCACGACGUGUGCCGCGAGGUCUACUGGGCUCGCUACGUCGACUGGAGCAUCACCACGCCCCUCCUGCUGCUCGACCUCUGCCUCCUUGCUGGUAUCGAUGGUGCCCACACCCUCAUGGCCAUUGUCGCCGAUCUCAUCAUGAUUCUUGGAGGUCUGUUCGCUGCAUACGGCCGUGAGAACACGGUCCAGAAGUGGGGAUGGUAUGCCAUUGCCUGCAUCGCCUACCUCUUCGUCGUCUGGCACGUCGCCGUCCACGGCGCCAACAUGGUCCGCGCCAAGGGUGACCGCGUGUCCAAGCUUUUUGGCGGUCUCGCCGUAUUGACCUUGAUUCUCUGGACCGCCUACCCUAUUGUCUGGGGUGUCGCUGAUGGCGCGCGUCGCGCUUCUGUCGACACGGAGAUCAUUGCCUACGCUAUCCUGGACGUCCUGGCCAAGCCUGUCUUUGGCACGUGGCUGCUGCUCUCGCACAGGAAGAUUCCCGAGACCAACAUCGACAUUGGCGGCUACUGGUCAAACGGCCUGGGAGCCGAGGGUCGCAUCCGCAUCGGUGACGAGGAGGGUGCUUAA